AUGAAGAAAGAGGAGAAGAAAGAGAAGGAGAUUCAUUAUGAGGAUUCUCCGGAUGGUGGCUGGGGCUGGAUGGUCGUACUUCACUGCUUCCUGGUGAAUAUGCUGGUGAUGGGGACCCUGAAGACCUUUGGGAUCUUCUUCGUGACAUUCCAGGAUGAGUUCGGAGGGUCGGCAGAGAGCAUCAGCUGGAUCGGCUCGAUCAUGUCUAGCCUGCGGCUCUCUGGAGGUCCCCUGGCCGCUGUAUCGUGUGCGAAGCUGGGUAACAGAGUGACCUCUAUAGCUGGGGCUGUGCUGGUCAGUGUUGGCUUCCUCAUGAGUGUCUUUGCCACCAGCGUGGUAUUCCUCUAUAUCAGCAUGGGGCUGAUUGUGGGCCUUGGUUUUGCACUCCUGUACCAAGCCACCUCUGUUGUCACGGCAACAUAUUUCCGUAAGAGGUUAGCGACGGCAUACUCCAUCGGGCGGUCUGGGAUGGGCUUUACCUUCGCCCUCGCCCCUUUCACUCAGCUGCUGCUGGAUCAGUACGCCUGGCAAGGAGCUCUGCUAAUCCUAGGAGGCCUGAUGUUAAACCUGGUGGCCUCUGGGAUGCUGCUAAGACCCAUCCACGUGAAGCCUGCACCACCCCCUUCCUCAACCUCAUCUUCAUCCAUCCAAAAAAGCCCUCUGAUAGGUCCAGAGAAGGAGAAGGACCGCCCUCAGAAUGGAUGCUGCUUUAACGGAUCCACAACGUUAACCAAUGGCAACGCCAAAUCAGACUCUUCUCCUUCAACUCCACAACCCCUGCACUGGGACACUGAGACCUCAGAGAAGGACUCUACACCUAGGUUGGGUCAGAACAACCACAGCCCCCCACCUCCACCAAACCCUGAACUGACCAAGCUGGUACAAAACAACGUGAACAGGCACGUUCAGGAGGCAUCCCCCCCCACGGCCACCAUAGACAGCCCCAGCAUCAUGGAACAGAACGGUACCAUUAGCCUAAACGGUUCCGCUGUGUUUGGGUUCUCCUCACCUAAUGGCACUACCACUGUGGAUGAUCACAUCCCACCGGCCGUGAAAAAUAACAGAGUUCUAGACUUCUCCCUGUUGAAGAACCCUUUCUUCUGCAUCUACACUUGGUCCGUGGUGUUCAGCCAGCUGGCUUACUUCAUCCCCUACUUCCACUUGUCUGCCCGGGCCAGGAACCUGGGUAUAGAUGCCAUGGACGCUUCCUUCAUCAUCUCUGUGGCAGGUAUCACAGAGACUAUAGCCCAGCUAGGCUCCGGUUGGCUAGCGGAUAAGAACCCGUUCCAUAAGUACCACUAUCACAAGGCCUACCUGAUCCUGUGUGGAGUGGUCAACCUGUUUGCCCCGCUGGCUAACACCUACAUCCUGCUCAUGGUUUACGCUGUCUUCUUUGCCAUCUUCUGUGGCGGUUACAUGGCACUGCUACUGCCUGUCCUGGUGGAUCUGGUAGGGCAAGAGAAACUCAACAACUCCAUGGGAUUUUCUAUGUUCUUCGUAGGCCUCGGCUGUCUGACAGGACCUCCUCUCGCAGGUUUCCUGUAUGACUACACCCAGACCUACGAUUGUUCCUUCUACCUGGCAGGGGUGUGUUACCUGCUGUCCUCUGUGUCUCUCUUCCUGGAGCCCGUGGCGAGGAGGUGGCAGAGCAGAAAGAGGAGACGCGAGGCCCGCGACGUAGACACCAGCUGGAAGACUAACGGCUGCUUCUGCCCUGAGCUUCCUGUCCUAAAGAACAGCAACAACAAUGACGUGGUCUAG